AUGACCGUGGCCACUGCGGCCAUCACGAUGGUGCCCCUGGACAUGGCCCACAACUCCUUUGAUGACCAGUACUUGAACUGUGGCCCUGCCAUGACUGCGGCCUUGCCAGCCCUCAUGCGCUCCAACUUCCGGGAGAACAAGAAGUUUUCCCAGGCCUGGGAGAAGGCCACAGCCGAGUGGCAGAAACGAGGCUCCUAUUCAUCCUUUCUGACCAAAGACCAGGCCAUCGCCCUCAUGGUCUACACAAUGAAUGACGUGUUUAGGGAGUUCAAUGAAGCCGUGCGUUCGGCUGGAUGCUCCUGCCAGGAGUACCGGUACAACUUCCACUUCAAAACGCUGCAUUUCCUGCUGACCCAGGCCCUCCAGAAGCUGAGAUGCCAUAAUAAGUGUCUGGACAUGUCCUGGGGAGUGAAAAAGACACAGUUCAUUGUGAAAUAUGGUGAUAAAGUCCGCCUUAGUCAAUUCACUUCGUCGUCACUGAAUAAAACAGUGGCCAAUUAUUAUGGGACAGACACAACGUUCGAGGUGCGCACGUGUCUCGGAGCGCAUAUCAAGAAAUUCUCCUUCAAUCAAAGUGAGAAGGAAGUGCUGAUCCCAGCCUUUGAGACCUUUGAGGUCACCAAAGUCACCAGGGAAGGGAAGAAGGUGCAGAUUGCGCUUCGCUCCACUGGGAACUUCAGCAACUACAACUGCGAGUGA